GGCAGAGGGAGAGGGAGGGAAGGAGAAAGAAGGGUAACAAGAAAGGAGAGAGAGAGAGACAGCAGGGAGUAAAGCAGUAUGUUUGGUGUGUAAAGAGAUAAAUAUACAUCUGAGUGUGUUGCACAGUUGUAGGCAUUCUCUUCACCAGCCUCCUCUCCUCUCCUCCUGUGCUGCACAACUUGGGCUGGUGGACCAUGCAGCGGGGGUGGACUCUUCCCUGGCUCUGUGCUGUCCUGUCGGGAUUGAUGGGGCUCCCGGUGUCAGGAUCAGACUUCCAGCAUCACCAAUACGAAGACAUGGUGCGAGCCCUGUUUGCAGUGCAGAACGAGUGCCACUACAUCACACGCAUUUACAGCAUCGGGCGCAGUAUAGAGGGACGCCACCUCUACGUGCUGGAAUUCAGUGAUCACCCGGGAAUCCACGAAGCAUUGGAGCCAGAGUUCAAGUACGUGGGCAACAUGCAUGGCAACGAAGUGCUCGGCCGUGAGCUGCUAAUUAAGUUUUCCCAGUUUCUGUGUGAGGAGUAUCGAGCCGGAAACCAGCGAAUCACAAGACUGAUCCAUGACACACGCAUCCACAUCCUGCCCUCCAUGAACCCUGAUGGUUACGAAGUGGCUGCCAGACAGGGUCCAGAGUUCAAUGGCUACCUGGUCGGUCGAGGGAACGCCAGGGAAAUUGAUCUGAACCGUAACUUUCCAGAUCUGAAUGCGCUCAUGUAUUACUAUGAGAAAACCAGUGGACGAAACCACCACCUGCCCCUGCCGGACAACUGGGAGCAACAGGUUGAACCAGAGACUUUGGCAGUCAUAAAAUGGAUGCAAAACUACAACUUUGUCCUGUCAGCCAACCUCCAUGGAGGAGCUGUGGUGGCCAACUACCCCUUUGACAAGUCAAGAGAUGCCCGCAUUCGACUGCGGACGACAUACGCAGCCACUCCGGAUGACAAGCUCUUCAGACAGUUGGCGAGGACCUACUCGUACGCUCACAGCUGGAUGCACAAUGGUUGGAACUGUGGGGACUUCUUUGAUGAGGGGAUCACCAAUGGGGCCAGAUGGUACUCUCUGUCCAAAGGCAUGCAGGACUUCAACUAUCUGUACACCAACUGUUUUGAGAUCACCCUGGAGCUGAGCUGUGAUAAGUUCCCUUCAGCAUCAGCACUACCCAGUGAAUGGCUGGCCAACCGAGAAGCACUGGUUUCAUAUCUGGAACAGGUGCAUCAUGGGAUAAAAGGCAUGGUGUAUGAUGAAAACAACAACCCAGUUGGCAAUGCUGAGAUCUCAGUAGCAGGCAUCCAUCAUGAUGUGACCAGCGGGCUACACGGUGACUAUUUCAGGCUCCUGUUACCAGGCACCUACACUGUGACAGCCUCUGCGCCGGGUUAUACCCCCUCCACCAGCACUGUUACAGUGGGACCAGCCGAGGCUAUACAGCUUAAUUUUUACUUGAAAACAGCACCGAAACAACCCCUCAAGUUGAAGCCCCACCACAGCAAGAAGAACCUCUCAUCCCCCAAGAACCCUUUAAAACUCGGCCCAAGAUGAGGCAAGAACAUUAAUUAGAACAACACACAAACAUACUGUAUACUGUAUAUAUACAUACACUGAAAGGCCCCUCGUAAAACAUACACGUACAUUCAUACAUGCAUACAAAUACAUACAAAUUAUGGAAUGAUAAAAGACCAUAGUAUAUGUUUGUAAGUUUAUCUCUGUAGUCAACUGAUUGUGUAUUUCAGACUUCUGGGCUUUUGUUUUUUGUUGAUAAAAUAAACUGGCUGUAUUAAAAACCUGGUGUAUUUAUGUAACAAUAUUGAUUUAUAUGAACACAACUAUCCUGUAUUUGUAAAGGACUAUUUUAUUUUUGAUUAUUAUAAUUUGAUGAAAAUGGAGAGUGAAAAUAAAAGACUG